UUGGAACAAUAUAUUUUCCCAAAAGAUUACAUCUGUAAAGCCUCCAAAUCCUGUGGCAGAAAGGCUUGGAAAGGAAUGGUUUUGCUUGUGUUUAGCUUCACAUAAUGAUGCCUGCCUUGCUCUCUGCUUUGAACUUUGGGUUCCCUGGUAGGAAUCCUCACAUCCAUGUGUAUGUAUAUACUUAUUGGUGCUUAAAUGAAAAGCAUAUGCAUCAGUGGUUUUAUUUGUAACUUGUGUUCCUGUCUUUUCAGUGUAUCUUCUAUUAGAAGUGCCUGCUCUCUUUCAGACAUGCUCGUCCCAGGACCUCGGCAUCCAGAAUGUGGUGCUACUUCUCCUCAAGCCUUUGUCAAUGCCAAAUUAUUUCAAGCAAAAAAAAAAAACCAUAAAAAGGGAGAAUCUCUUUUUAGAUUUAGCCUGUGUUGAACAGUGCUGCCAGAAAUCCUGCAUGUUUUCUGAGCUGGCUUUAUGCAAUGGCUUCUCAGUGGUACUACCGUAGCAGCGGGGAAGCAGAUGUCAUCAAGUGCAAGCAGUGUUUUGUGUUUUGAUCUCCUGUAAGUACCCAAAGACUUCAGAGCUGGGUAACUUCUGAGCUGCAAGGCGCAUAUCCCACCACUCCUUGAGUUAGAGAUCAGCGUGGAACUGUUUUCUGCUUUAUCUCCAUAGAGGAAAGUGCUUCAGAGUAAGUUGUGACAGUGCUUUCUUCUCUGAUACUUCAGAUGCAGAAUGGAUGCUCUGCUGUUGGCAUUUUCCCUGUGGAGAGAUGAGCUAUGAGAAUUACUUCACCUGGAUCCCCUUUAGGGCAGGUGAACUCUGUUGAUUCUUUGGUGUUGUAGGAUGAGCUGUAAAAUCGUUGUCAUGUUUUGUAGCUUUCGUGGAUGGAGAAGUGGGAGUUUCACAAAUAAAGACUGUUCUGCCUCUGAGCGUGUCAGGCUUUCGAGCUGAAUAAUUAAGUGCUGUUUUGCAUUAAGUAGAGCAUACAUUGCUGCAUGAGGACACAGUUCUCAGUCACGAGGAAGAUGGACUGAAGCUUUUCUUGUUGAACUAAAUGUAUUCAGGUUGUGUGGCCUCAUCCUGCCGCCUUAAGAUGCCAUUGUUACCCAUCUUCAAGUAUUCAUACCCUUCAUUUUCUAGGGAUGCCACAUUUGUAGGUGAAAUCCAUAAAAAGCAAAGAGAAUGUGUUGCUGAAGGUGGUAUCUGCUGUACGGUCUUUCCUGCUGGGGUGGCUGAGUGUAGCAGCAGGAGCUGCAUUUGAGGAGUGCCUCUCCUUUCUCUGAUGGAGACUAAUUGCCAGGGACUAAAGUCUGCUGCUGUUCCAUUUCUGUGUGUGCUCUUGCAAGCUCAGGACCCUGAGAGACAGCAUUGUUAGUGCUGGAACCAGGCAGAGAUACGCGUUCAGAGGGAGCAUGCGGACCCCAUCCCGCUGCCGGAUCAGCCCCGUGGCGCCGGGGGACAUCCCGGGAUGCGCUUCCCGUGCCACCCAUAGCCCUCGGAGCCCUCCACCCAGUCCCUCCAUGUCUGUAGCCAGCAAGCAUUUCUCCCAUCAUGAGUUCUGAACUAAACGUUCCAGUGGAUCCUUCCACUCCUGCUUGCUGCUCUGAACCUGGCACAAAAGGCAUGGAUUAUCGGGACUGGGUCCGGCGCAGCUACCUGGAAUUGGUCACAUCAAACCACCACUCCGUUCAAGCUCUUUCCUGGAGAAAACUGUACCUGAGCCGAGCCAAACUGAAAGCUUCCAGCAGAACCUCUGCUCUGCUCUCUGGAUUUGCAAUGGUUGCCAUGGUGGAGGUGCAGCUGGAGGUACAGUACAAGUACCCCCAGAUGCUGCUGAUCGCUUUCAGUGCCUGCACAACGGUGCUCGUGGCGGUUCAUCUCUUCGCCCUUCUCAUCAGCACCUGCAUUCUGCCCAACGUGGAAGCAGUGAGCAACAUCCACAACCUGAACUCCAUCAGCGAGUCCCCACAUGAGCGCAUGCAUCCCUACAUCGAGCUGGCGUGGGGCUUCUCCACCGUGCUUGGGAUCCUCCUUUUCCUCGCGGAAGUCGUGCUUCUGUGCUGGAUAAAAUUCCUGCCCGUGGGCUCCAUCCUCAAAAACGAGACCACCAACGUGGAGAAGGCCGGCAGCCACGCGGGGUGGCAGUCAGCACUGGUCUCCACCAUCAUCAUGGUCCCCGUGGGUCUGAUUUUUGUCGUCUUCACCAUUCACUUCUACCGCUCUUUGGUGCGGCACAAAACGGAGCGCCACAACCGGGAGAUCGAAGAGCUUCACAAACUGAAAGUGCAGUUAGACGGGCAUGACAGAGGCAUGCAGGUAGUGUGACUGCAAGGCAGGGGCUGCUUCCAGCCAAUCCUUCUGCUAAGGCUAAGAGCAAACUCCCUGUUUUGCUAGUUGGUGAGAUGCACCCGUGAUGGAUUGUCUUGAGGCUUAACUAUGUAAACGCUAAUCGCCUGCCAUCCAUAGCUGUGGGUUCUAGGGCUGUUUCAGGUGCUGGGGUCUCUAGCCUGCUUCUGGUCCUACACUCUUGCAUACUGAAGUCAACACUGCCAUGGAGUUCAAGGCCAAAACUUAACCUUGGCUUAGGUAGCCAAAAAAUCUGUCUUUUUUACCAAUGCAAUAUUCUGUUGCCAAAAGUAAAACUGGGUCAGCUGUCCCAAAAGCCAGUGUGUGUGUAGGACCUGUCUCGUGUCAGAGCUCCCUGGCUGUCAGAGCAGCAGCAAUUAGCCUGCGGCUCGUUUCUAGAGCUGAGCUGGUUAAUGUGAGUAUCUGCAGCUGGCAUGAGGACAUCCAGGAAAGCACAAUAGAAACUGAGUGUUGAUCACCUUUGUUCCAAAGCAAGUAUUCCAUAGGUACAUAACCAGAAAGAAAUCAGCCUUAGCUUUUAUGUUCUUGUUAUUCCUUACUCUGUUUUUACAGCUGGGGAGGCAGACUGAAUUGCAGGAGGCUGGGUAGCUCUGUCAUACUUUCUUCAGUAGCAUCAAUUCAUUAGGUUCAAUGAAUGCCAAGGUCAUGUGUUUUUUUUUCCCAGUAAGAGGCAAGAGUGCCCAGGGAAGGCUUACAGGUGGCUUAGUUUUAACAAGGACAUCCUUAGAGCAGUGACAGGGAAUUUAAUGAGCCAGAACUUUGAAGGACUAGAAAAGCAAGUUCCAAGGAGGGUAAGGAGUGACAGCACAUAGCAUGCUGUAGAAACCCAUCACUGUUGUCUUCAUGUAUGUAUUGUUGCAUUGUCUUUAGCCUGGGUUGCUGGAGAGAACAAGCCCCAGUCCUGGAUAUUUCAUCAGCUGUUUGGGUUUUUAUUUGUCAGCUGUAGCGUUUGUCUGUCAAAACCAAAUGCUUCCCUUCUCCCUCCACCAAAGCAGGCAACUCCAUGUGGAACCUGGAGCUGUACUGGCGAGUGUGAUGGAGCUGGAUCCAGCAGAAGAGCCGUGUGCCAUUAAAGAGCUAUCACGUUUCAUUGAUCUAACUUUGUUUUUCAGCAGCAGAGAAGAAGACAGUGGCACAUCAGCGUUGCUUAGCACUGGAAGCUUGUAAAUGCUGUGGCACCCUUGUGGGUGAAAACUUGUGUAAAAAAUGAUGUUAUGGUUUAUGGUAAUUUAAUGGAGGAAAAGGGGUGUUUUGCAGUCAUCAGCUCUUUGAAGGGAAAGUAAGGCUCAAAGAAGCCUAAGCAUGUUUUCUUGGCCCUGGUCCUGUGCUGGUUUCCUGCUCUGCACUCAAACACUGCAGUUCCAGAGCCUCCUAGGCCUUACACGUUUCUGAUAUCAUUAAGGAUGUUUGUAGUGUUCUGUUUAACCCUGCUCCCUUAUUCCACUGGGAUUUGGGAAAUCUAAUGACAGCGUAUUACGUCAGCUUCCCAAAAUGGGGAGAGUACACUCAAAUCCCGGUGCAGCAGGGUGAGACUGUCCCUAUAUCCCCUCUGGCGAGGGCCUUGGGAACCCAACUCUGAUCUCUCUUGUUUACAUGUGAAUUUGAGCAUUGCUGAACAAGUUGCUUAGCACUGUGUCUGUUGGCUUUCAUCUGUUGUUCUUGCCGCAGUUGCCAUGUACCAUAUUGGCUGAUGUGCAGCAAAGAAGAUAGUCUUUGUGUGCUAAAUGCCUACUCUGUACUUAUGUGCAUAUGCAAAAAAUGAGGAGUGUGCUCCGGGUAAGUGGGUGGCCAUGGAAUUCCUGCCAUCUCCCCAGGAGUCUGCCCUCUCUCCCUCUUCUUUUUACCAUAAUAAAAACUAAAGGUUUAUACAACAAAAAACAGAACUGAGUUUUCUGCCAAUAGGCUCUUCCACCAACACAAUUUCUGUUGUGAGGCCAGAGCCAGGCCAGACAGGAUGAAUCUUUCAUCUGUACUUUGCACUCUCCUUUGCCAUCAGUCAUAAUAGGGCUCUGUUUGCUGUGGAGCUCAAGAGGCUGUUAAGGAAAGGUUUCACAGUGUGCAUGCGGUGCUGCAGCAGCAAUGCAGCUCAUUUGAAACAGCCAAAUUGUUCAUUUAAUUCUUUGCUAAUAUAAUAAAUUUCAACAAAUGGAGAAA